ACCCAAAAAUCUCAAAUUAACCAAUUGUAAAUUCAAGCUGUAACACAACAAAAUGUGAAAAAUGUAAAAGGGUUUGAGUACUUUCCGAAGCUUCAAUGUUUUUUAUGAGUGAAAGUUGAUUAUUCUCUUUUGACAGGUUCAAGACAGACCGACCAGUCUCACCUGYACCUAGYKGURUCUCCAUGAAGAGUGACCAGUCGAUGGMACUUCCUAUUUUMUUCAGGGAGGGAGAACUUUCCACUGAACAAAGCAGUAUCUCUGAGAAGAAUGACACGUCAAUGGAUAACCAACCCAGAGGCCCUACUGAUGACAAAGUGUACCCAACAGAAGUCCAGCAGAAAAUGAAAUCCUACUUGAAGAAUAGGACAUGUUCUUUAUUUGAGGGUAUUGAAGAUGCAGGAAAAACGACACCUCUUAACAACAUCUACACAGAGCUCUACAUCACACAAGGUGGAAGUGGAGAGGUCAAUUMUGAACAUGARGUGAGACAGAUUGAGACAGCAUGCAGGUUUCCAGUAGAAMMAGAGACAUCAAUCCAACUCAAUGACAUCUUCAAACCCUUACCUGGACAAGACAAGCCUAUCAGAACAGUGCUGACAAGGGGAGUUGCUGGCAUUGGAAAAACAGUGUCUGUGCUGAAGUUCAUGUUGGACUGGGCUGAAGGAAAAGCAAACCAAGACAUCCAGAUCAUCUUCCCACUUCCUUUUCGGGAUCUGAACUUGAUGAGGAUACAAAAUCAAGUCUGAUAAAAACUACUUCAUCACUCCUUUAUAGAAACAAAAGAAUCAGAAAUCUCAGAAAACGAAAAUAUUGUGUUUGUUUUUGAUGGUCUGGAUGAAUGUCGCCUUCCUCUGGACUUCCAGAAUAAUAAGAUCUGCUGUGAUUCACAGAGUCAACUUCAGUGGAUGUUUCUGACAAACCUCAUCAAAGGGAAUCUGCUUCCCUGUGCUAAUUCUGGAUAACCACCGACCUGCAGCAGCCAAUCAGAUCCCUCCUGAUUGUGUUGACCAGGUGACAGAGGUACGAGGGUUCAAUGACCUACAGAAGGGGAAUACUUCAGGAAGGUAAUCGCUGAGGAGGACCUGGCCAGCAGAAUCAUCUCACACAUAAAGACAUCAAGGAGCCUCCACAUCAUGUGCCACAUUCCAGUGUUCUGUUGGAUUUCAGCCACUGUCCUAGAGAGACUAUUGGUUGAAGCAGAGAGUCGAGAGAUCCCAAGAAUCUAACUCAAAUGUACGCUCACCUCAUGAUCUUCCAGUCAAAACUGAGGAGUCAGAAGUACCUGUAGAGCCUUCCAACGAUUUUUACUGGGAUAAAGAGAUGAUUCUGGCACUGGGAAACUGGCUUUUCAAACAGCUAGAAAAAGGCCAUCUGAUAUUCUAUGAGGAAGACCUGAGAGAGUGUGGCAUUGACAUCAAGGACGCGUCUGUGUACUCGGAGUGUGCACUCAGAUCUUCAGAGAAGAGUCUGGGCUUAACCAGAUGAAGGUGUACUGCUUUGUACAUCUGAGUAUCCAGGAGUUUCUGGCUGCACUAUAUGUGUUCCUCAAUGUUCACUAA